GGCGUGUCCCACCCCAGCAGAAGUUGCUCGAUUUCACCACCCCAACUUCAAACCUCCGCCCAAAAGCCUUCCCAUCUCCUGGUGAGGGAUGUCUGCUGCUGGGAGUGCCUCCCAAUUGCCAAAACGCACGAAUUUCAACCAAGAGGAAAGGGAGGAGGUGAUUCGGCACCUCCUCGCUGGCAGCAAAGGUAGGGUUCUUCAGCAUGGUGCGUUCAAGGAAGCCGCGGAGAAGUUCGGCUGCUACGGGAGACUUUAAGAGGCUGUGGGUGCGGUACGAAGCGCAACGUAAAGCAGGGGUCGCCAGACCAAAGAUAGGAAACUUGCGCAAGGGAAACAGUGGUCGGAAGGGCAUUCCUAUCCAAGAAUUGCGAGAGCGUCUGCGUGACAUCCCGCUGAACGACCGCACCACACAGCGCCGCUUGGCUGCGGCGCUUGGGAUUGCCACAACCACGCUCUUUGACAAUCUCAAGGCGCUCGGGUUGAGGGCGCACUCGAAAGCGCUCAAGCCGCUCCUGACUGGCGAUGGGAAGCUGCCGCACUUGGCCAAGGACAAAGCUGCACGGGCGGGGACGCCAAUCCCCCGGCGGUACCCAAUCUCCGAGGAGGCGUGGACCAAGGGCACCGCGGCGCUCGCGGCGGGAGAGGAGCAAGGGGCGGAAGGGGGGGCAGCUGUGUAGAACAGGGGGGGCGGGCGGGCAGUUAAAUGCUUUUCGGUGUCCGUGCACGUUUUUUCGCAGAGUGUCGUGUACGUGUAGCAGGAAGAAGCACGCGUUUUGCGUUUUGGUCGGAAAAAAACCCGUCGGCAAAGUGAGGCAGACGAGGUGGUGGCAAAUUCUAAACGUACAGCAGUUGUGGCGGCCAGGAUGUUCAAGAACGAGCAAUUACGUGUGAAACUUCUGUGAAGAAUGCAAUGCAUGGCGAACAACGGAAUACAAGUGGUCAGGCUUGUGUGUGAGCUACUGCUGUAAAAGC